CAGCCUCUGCCCUUUUGCUGGACGUUAAUAUCUCUGAUUUGUUUAAAAAACAAACUGGCGCUACACAGAGACGUUACAUUCGAUGUGCAGUAGCUCUAACACAGGUGCCUGCCCUUCCACAACACUCACGGGUGUUCUGGAGCACAAUGUACAACCAGCAGAAAAGCAGCGCUUGGUGCCACGGAGCAAACAGGAGCAGCACUUGAAGCAAUCACUCCACAGCUGAAGGAGGAAAACCCCAACCACACAAAGGUUUUUCUUUCCAAGCACAGCAAGGGUUCAUUAAUGAAACUGAGCAAUAGGAAGUGGCAUCCAGAACAGUUCAUAUCUACAGCCAGUGGCAGGUGUUUCAGACACAAAAUUGCUCUUCCUGGGUACAACCCAGCACAAGGGACCAAGAAAUGCUGUCACAUCAUAACCCUGGAGCACUUCUUGGGUGGCACCGAGCAGCUCCACGUCUGAGCUGGGCAGGAGCCGGGGAACUCAGCAUCUUUGCUCAGAUUUUCGGUUUUGGGAGGGUAAACCCUGUGCUGCGAGUUGUUCAGACGCCUGACUCAGAACAUGAGGACAACCUGCAAAAGUGAUUUAACAGUGCUGAGUCACCCUUCAAGCCCAUUCAUCAACAGCAGUGCUUCAAAGUGCUUGUUUCCCCCCCCCCCCCCUUUGCUUUUUAAAUAAAACAGGGAAAUUGAAUGCAGAAAUGUCUGCUGAGUUCUUGCCUUGAAUACUGCAUUAAUGUUACAUUUGCCUUUAACUUACACAUCCUAUUUAAAUGAAAGACGGUGCUGUAGUUAUAUAUUUCCUGUAUCUCCAUAUUCAGAAUUUUAUCAUUGUCUAUUCCUUUUAAGUUUCAAGAUCUCCUCCCGUCCUUAUAAACAGCAUAGGAAACAAAUCUCAAACUCAGAAAAAAAGGGAUUUAAUUCAAAGAGAUUUCAGUAUAACCAAUGCUGCCAGCAGCUGUAUCAUGAGAGUCACCCGCAAUGGAGACAACCGGAUUUUAAAUGUGGGUUUUCCUUUGUCGGUGAUUACCCACAGGUGAAGUCAAUCCAAAGGCUUUCACAAGCCCUUUUUCUGAAACACACCUCUAUGGAUUUCUGCAAGCAGAGCAACAACGUUUCUGUGUCUGAAACCACAAGAGGAUUAAACUGGAAAAAAUGGGAAAAUGUCCUCCUCUGUGUGCAUGGUACUCCAUCUGCAGGCCCAGUGCCUGGUCACUACAACAUCACCGGUUCCCUCAUCGAGGUGUCUCCCACGGGUAUAACAUCUUGCUUCAAGUCAAACACCUUCCUCCUAACAAGGGUGGACAGAUUUACUCCAGAACCUGCAACUCAUAUAAACCUCCAGGGAAGCAAAGCAAGCUCCUUUCAGGCAGGUCCAGCCUGGCAGACGUGGGACAGUGUUCCUGCAAUGUCCCCACUAUGUCACCUGGUCUGAUGGGGCCAGUUAUUGCCACAGGGUCACAGGAACUGGCUCAGGGGUGAAGUGUCCCAGGGCAUUGCCUUGGAGGGGAGUGUGGGUUGGUAACACCCCAGAGCAGCGUAUCAGAGGUACCUUUAUCAGAUGAUCCCUCAGACGUUUGCAAACAGUAAUUAAAUACUGCACCACCCUUAUGAUGGAGGGGUAAUUUCUUAUCCCCAUUGCGCAGAGCAAGAAGCCAGAGCACACAUGACCUGGAAAAAGAUCCUUCACGUCCCAGGAAGAGGUUUUAUGCAUUAGGCUGCGCUUCUUUUUGCAUCGCCAGUGGCUAAACUCAGCCCCAGAGGAACACGCUGAGCACAGAGAGCCGAAUAUGGGAACCGCUGGGCAGGAAUGUGGAGGAGGCUCAUGGCUGCGCAGCAGCUCAAGGAACCCGAUGGGUAAAACACUGACAUCUCCUCAGCCCCAGCUAAAGCUGGGAACUAGACCUGGAAAGGGGCUUGUGAAAGUCUCAGCUACUUAAUUCAAGCCACAGCUGCCGUCUCUUGUAUCCAUCCUACCACUUGGUUCUAAGAGAUUAAAAGGCAUGAAAUGAAACUCCCUUCUUCCUCCUCCCCCUUGGUAUCCUUAUGAGAAGACAAAUAAAUCUGCCUAUCAGCAAAUUGUCCAAGUAAAUUUAUUGUCACUAUGCACUGACGUUGCCUGGCCUAAGAUUAAGAUCAACAAUAAAUUCCUGACCAUGGAAAAGAAUGAGAACACAAGAGAGCCCACAGCUCUCCUUACCCAA